AUGGGUUUUGAUGGAACACCCUCGAAGGGCUGCCAGACGUGUAGGACUCGACGUGUCAAAUGCGACGAGACCAAACCAACAUGCAAACAAUGCGCCAAAGCCCGACGUGACUGUCCCGGCUACCGAGACGACUUUGACAUUGUCCUCCGCAACGAGAAUCACGCUGCUCGGCGACGGGCCCUCAACCUCGGCGGGGCUCGGAAAGCUGGCGGUGGUAGUGGGGGUAGGAAGGCCGGCAAAAGAGCCGCUGCUGCUGCUGCCUCCUCAUCCACGUCGGAUGUAUCAUCACCAUCAUCGUCAAGAGCAACAACAACAACAAUAACCUCCACCACCACGGCCCCCCGCCAACACCGCCUUCUUCUAGCCCGCCAAUCUCAAACAGCUGCCGCGCUCUCCCCUUCCCCUCUACACAUCCCCCCAGAGUCCCUCGCGCCCAGCCACUUCUUCGCCAACUUUGUCCUCGUCCCGGGCCCUGACGGCUCCCGCGGGUUCCUGGACUACCUCCUCCCUCUACUCAACCACUCGUCGAGCACGACCCCGACUGCAACCACCAAUGCGCCACCACUUGGACUAGAUGGAAAAGGAGGAGCCGGCGGGAAGGGGAAAGGGGACGAGCACCUCGUGCGCGCAUUUAACGCGUGCGCAUUGGCGUCGUGGGGAAACCGCAUGGCGUGUGUAUCCCCUUCUUCACCAUCCUCUGCCUCCUCCUCGACCUCAUCCUCAUCGUCGUCGUCAUCCGGGGCUGGUGUUGCUGGGCCCGGUCCGUUGGGCUUGGGAGGUGUUGUGUUGGGGAAACAGCGGGCUGGUGGGAUCUUGGGGAAAGCGUUUGGGGAGUAUAGCCAAGCGCUGAGGGCGACGCAGGCUGCGCUUGUGGAUCCGGUAAGGUGGAAGGAUGACUCGGUGCUGGCGGCCGUGUUGUUAUUAGGGAUGUUUGAGAAUAUCACGGCGAAGCAGAUUGGGAGUCUAGCAUGGGGCUCACACACUGAAGGGGCCAUCCAGUUGGUGAAAGCCCGAGGGCGUGCCCAGCUGAAGACCAAGGUCGGUUUGCAGCUGUUCAUUGCAGUGCGGACACAACUGAUCGUCCAUGCCCUCUCAACCGGCAUCGCCCCGCCCAUGGGCACCGACUGGUGGAUGCGCGACGCCGUAAUCGACCCCACGGGCUCGGCCUGUCAGCGCCUCUGCCUCGAAGCCGGCGAAGUGCGCAGUACAGCCACACGCCUCAUGACCGGCAUCACCCGUACCCCGGACAACAUCCGGCGCGCCCAAGACCUGGUCCGCCGCAGCUACCAACUCGACCAGGCCAUGACCCACUGGAUGGCCUCCGUGCCCGAGUCGUGGCGCGCCCGCACCCUCUGCUGGCAGUACAGCGACCCGUCCUCUGUGUCCAGUGACGGGAAGGACUACUCCCUGGCGGAGGUGUUCCCCGGGAGAGUGGAUCUAUACCCUGAUAUCUGGGUGGCUGGGCUUUGGAACCAGCUGCGUGCGGCACGGCUGGCACUCAUGUCCAUCAUUGUGCGCACUCUCGCGUGGGUGAACUUCCCUGGCGACUACCGCACGAUGCCGCAGUUCGCGUCGGCGGCACGCCUGUGUAUCGAUAUCAUCGCCGACAUCCUCGCGUCGGUGCCGUGCUGUCUGGGAUGGCAUCUCAAACGGAAAGACUUGUGGCCGCAGGACAUGCCGGUGGGGGUUGCCGGUGGUGAUGGGAGCGUGAGUAAGGGACUGGCGGGCUACUUUUUGGCUUUUCCCCUGGCGUGCGUUUUGACGCAGGAUUAUACCACCGAUGCUCAACGAACAUAUAUCCGCGGGCGGCUCAGACACAUCGGCGACGUACUGGGGGUCAAGUACGCACAUAUAUUGUGUUUGCUCCAAUUCCGCGUCCCGUCGAUGCUGAUGUGGUCGGAUGUCAAGAAUGCCGCGUCAGGGGUGGCCGCCGCCAAUUUUGAGAAGGUCGUGUCUUCACCUCGACAAGCCUAUCCGACUCCAGAGCCCCAUACGCCCCCGGAUGAGUAG